CUACUGACACAGCUGCGUGAAUACAUAGAACUCUCCCUCUCCACAGUUUCACAUCGAGGGGGACAUCUUCCACUCCGUACACUCUCAGCUUCACGCUCCGAGAAUAGUUAAAGUAAACGUGCAUUUGACAUUGACACGCUGAUGGAUAACCAAAUGCACAGAGCAUCGCACCCCCUUGAAGAGCGUCCAAUUGCAGUUCAGGAUUACGAGAUGAUAAGCUUUGCGCCGAGCUCUAAUUGGUCCUGGAACGUUGAACCUGUGUAUCGCCUAGGCGGACAUUACCUACCCGAGCCGUGCUAUCAGCCAUUGCUCUAUCGGACUUGAGUUGGGCCAGAUCUGAUGCGGAGCUUGAUGAGCGAUUUCAAGUUGCUGUAGUCCGCUAACUUAAGUACGGGUACAACGACGCAUUACCGUCUUUUGUCAACAUCCUUCACACUACUACCUUCCCCAACCUUCUUGCCUAAUCUCACAGUGUCGCAAUGGGAGAAGCCUAUGGGCUCCAAGAGCGCAGACAUUCAAAUGAUGCCACUCACGUGGAAGUACUUCAAGUCAAUUCAAGCGGUCAUCUUCCACUGGAUGUCGCUUCCAUGGAUCUUAUUGCUGGCACUAUGGGUACAGGACUAUUUCUUGGAACAGGGGAAGCCAUCCGAACAGCUGGACCACUUGGUGCCUUGAUUGCAUUUGCCCUUGUUGGUUCUGUAGCGUAUUCGUCAUUAUGUUCACUCGGGGAGAUGACAUCCCUCGCCCCGAUAUCAGGAUCAUUUCCCUACUUCGCCUCCCGCUGGGUAGAUCCCGCAUUGGGAUUUGCAAAUUAUUUUUUCGUGAGCUUUCAUUCUGUUUCCAUCGAAAUUGUGCCUAUAUGGUUCUUCGUCCCUGUGGAAAUAUCUGGAGCACAAAUACUGAUCUCCAUGUGGGAUUCACAUCACGCCGCAGUUUAUACUGUAAUUGUCUGUAUCUUGAUAUGCGCCACGAACAUUUUCGUGAUAAUGAUUACUGGUCUUAUCAUUGUUGGCCUUGUCAUUGACCUUGGGGGAGCACCGAAUCACCAGCGACUUGGUUUUCAAUACUGGAAUAAUCCGGGUGUCUUUGCUGGACCUGGACUUGAACCUCGGUAUCCCGCACUUGAUCAUUUCCUCGGAAUAAUGAGUGUCAUCACACAAGCUGCGUUCGCUUACCAAGGAAUGGAGAUAGUAGCCAUUGCAGCUUCUGAAACGCAGAACCCACGGAGGAAUAUUUCCAAGGCUAUUCGCAGAGUUUUCUACCGAAUCCUUAUUUUCUACAUUCUCGGCGUUUUCGUUGCAGGGCUCAUUGUACCUUCAACUAACUCAGACCUGUUGAUGGGAUCUGGUUUCUCUGCAAAGUCGCCAUUUGUGAUUGCGAUGCAGACCUCAGGAAUAAGAGUGUUACCAGCUGUAGUGAAUGCAGGCUUCAUAACCAGCGCAUUCUCCGCAGGGAACUCGUUCCUAUUUUGCUCUUCGCGUAUCCUCUAUGGUUUGGCACUUCGUAAACAAGCACCCCAGUUCCUCACGAUCUGUACGAAGAAGGGCGUGCCUAUUGUGGCAGUGCUAUGCUCGAGUGCCUUCGCCUUUUUGUCUCUAAUGAAUGUAUCAUCAGGCGCAGAGACUGUGUUCAACUGGUUCCAGCAUCUCUGUGUAAUGGGUGGUUUUUUCGGCUGGCUUUCGAUUAAUAUAACUUACAUUUUCUUCAAUCGCGGACUACGUUACCAAGGCAUCGACCGAAGGAAACUGCAUUACUGGAAUCCUCUACAGCCGUGGCUCUCCGUCUGGGGCCUUAUUUGGUGUAUAAUAUUUAUCCUAAUAAAUGGGUAUAACGUGUUUUGGGAUUUUGAUGCCUCAAGCUUCUUGACCUCAUACUUGAAUAUCCCGUUAUUCUUUGGGCUCUUUCUCUUCUGGAAGGUUACACGAAGCACGGAGAUUUGGAAAUUAGAUGAUAUGGACUUCACUACGGGGAUCCCUAGCUAUGAAGAAACCGAAAGUCCUGAGAUCCCUCCGAAAGGUUUCUUGCAGCACGUUGGUGCUGUGCUUUUUUGACCGGAGUCAUGAAGUUGUAUCUGCUGGACAUGUGGAUUAUUUAUAUACUCUGGGAGAUAUCCUAUAAUUUGGUAAUUCGGCGAGGAGAGAGCACUAAUUUAGUUCCUUUUGAUCUCAAUGUAAAUAUUCUUGAGCCCUGCCGGUAUCAUAAAACCAUGGACCCC